GUACGUAGUAGCGCCGGGGAGAAGCGCGCUGCGCUACGUCAAGCGCGUAAGCCUUGUUCGGGAAUAGCUGUUAGGAAAGGCGCUGCGCAAACACCGUAAGCAAGCGCUGACUUUACGCAAUUGGCGUAAGGACCGCCGGCUGCAGCCCCAGUGGGCGUCACGUGACCAGCUGACAGGUGCGGGGACGGCUGCGCACGUUGCGUAGAACAGCCGGGCCGCUGCGCAAACGGCGGAGCGCGAAGUACGCGGGCGUGGAAGAGCGGCCGCCGCCGAGACUGGAGCUGUGCCAGGAUGGCCCCGGCCGGCGAGCGCCUGCACUUCCGCUUCCCCAGCUACGGGGACGGGGUGCUGCGGCGCAUGGACCAGCUGCGGGCGCAGCGGCGGUUCUGCGACGUGACGGUGCAGGUGAACGAGCUGCGGGUGCCGGGGCACCGCGUGGUCUUCGCCGCCUGCUCCCCCUUCCUGCGGGACCAGUUCCUGCUCAGCGACUCGCCCGAGGUGUCCGUCUCGCUCCUGCAGAGCCCCGAGAUCGGCCGCCAGCUGCUGCUCUCCUGCUACACCGGCAGCCUCGAGGUGCCGCUGCCCGAGCUGGUCAACUACCUGACGGCCGCCUCCUUCCUGCAGAUGGGCCACGUGGUGGAGCGCUGCACCCAGGCCGUCUCCCGCUACCUGGUGCCCAAGGCCGAGGCGGCGCCAGGCGUGAGGGAGGAGGAGGGGGCCUCCCCCAGCCCCCUGCCCGCACGGCAGCAGGACGGGGCGGAGGGGGCCGGGGAUUUCCUGGCGUGCCGCUCCCACAGCAGCCCCCCGUCCCCGGAGAUCUCCCUACCCCUCCUCAACUCGGCCGUGGAGAUCACCCGCAGCUACCUGCAGGGCUGCUACGAGGACGAGGCGGCGCCGGGGGGCCCCUUCCCCUGCCCCCCACCCCCCGCCCAGCUGGGGGGGCCGUGGCGGGGCUGUCCCCUGCGCCGGCGCCACCUGGAGCCGGCCCGGAAGGACAGGCCGGCGGGGCUGGGGGCGGGCAGGAAGGCGCCGGAGCUGGAGCGGCCCUACCGGUGCCCGCGCUGCGACGGGCUGUUCCCGCAGCUGGCCGGCUUCGUGAGCCACGUGCGGGAGCACAAGCUGUUCCUGUGUCUGCGCUGCGCCAAGGUCUUCUCCCAGAAGAGCAACCUGACCCGGCACCUGCGCGUGCACACCGGCUUCAAGCCCUUCCAGUGCCCCGUGUGCCGCAAGUGCUUCACGCAGAACGCCACGCUGCAGGACCACCUCAACCUGCACAGCGGCCGCAAGCCCCACCGCUGCAACUACUGCGCCGUGCACUUCACCCACAAGCCGGGCCUGCGGCGCCACCUCAAGGAGCUGCACGGCAAGAGCACGCUGCAGAACAGCCACGAGGAGAGCGAGGAGAUCAGCGCCGGGACCUGCGGCUGAGCGCGGGGCCAAGCCACGGGACGCCCUGGGGAGGGGCCACGGACCGAGCCACGGGGGCUCGCAGACCCACGGCCUCCCCUGGGGAGGGGUCAGGGACCCACAGCUUCCCCUGCAUGGGGUGAGCCAUGGGGGCUCGCAGGGCGCUUGGCACAGCCACACCCUUCCUGGAGUUACAGGGAUACUACGGACUGUUCCAUUCCCUCCUGGGGGGGGAGAGGGAGAGAUGGGCUAAUGGGCCUGACCAUUCCCUCCUGGCGGGAAGGGGGUCUGCCCAGGAGAGGACUAGCCCAUUCUCUGCUGAGGGUGACGCUCUCAGCCCAAACCAUUCGCUGGGGGUGGGGAGAAUAUUCAUUCUUAUGACCCCCAAAUUCUCUAGGAUCCAAAAGACUUGGGGGGGAAUCCAGGACGCCUGGGUUCUCUGGUGGUGGGUGGGAUGGGAGAGCGGUAGCAGCCCUAGGGUGAAUCCCUCUUGUAAACCUGUUUAUUCACCCCCAGCACCAGGGGCACCUCCCCCUCCCCCCAGCUCCGGUCCUUGGGGCGGGGAAAUCUCACACACUUUAUUCCUAUAAAGUUUUGCCUUUUCACACUA